AUGCCUGGCCGACUUCCUACCAAAGCUGACUUCCCAUCGUCAGCCACCCUGAGCAUCACGCCGCCGCCUUCUUCGCAGCCGCCCACGAACAUCUUGAUCCUCCUGCACGGCCUCGGCGAUACGAAUGCGCCCUUCACGAAGCUCGGGGAACAACUAAACCUCCCUGAGACAGUAUGCCUCGCUAUACAAGCACCGAACCCUGUGCCGUUCGAUCUGGGCGGGAUGCACUGGGGUGAAGACAUGAUCUUUGACUCCAGCACUGGUGAGAUGGACAUGGAUACUGGUCUCCAGGGGUCAGUACGUCUGGUACUAGAUGAGGUCAUCCGCGAGGGCCUCAUCGGGAAAUGCGGCUACAAAGGACGAGAGAUCAUGAUGUUUGGAUUCGCGCAAGGCGGCAUGGUCGGACUGCAGGUUGCGGCUGAGCUCGAGGAAGAACUAGGCGGGGUAAUAAGUAUCGGCGGACCACUGUCACAAUCGGUACCACUGAAGGCUCUAGAGAAGAAGAGCAAGACCCCAGUGCUGGUCUGCAAGGCAAAUCAGAAGUCUGCAGUCACCGACAGUGCUACCAUGAAGCUGAAAGACGCUUUCGACUAUAUCGAGUUCAAAGAGUGGAAGAAGAACGGUGACGGUAUGCCGAGCAGCCGCGACGAAAUGCUGCCCAUCAUGCAGUUCUUUGCUCGCCGGUUACGAAGUACCAGAGGAGUCCCUGCAGGUAGCGUCGAGAUCAGUUAG